UGCCGUCCGGCUCGCCGUCCCCUCGCCUGCCAAAGCCCCUUGAUUUCCGCGGCCGCCGGGCCCGUUCUGCUCCCCCGCCGGCCUCCGCGAUCGCUCGCCGCCGCCGGGGCCGAGCACCGCACCAUCACAUCUCCAUCGCAGCAGUGCAUCUCCCGCCGCCGGCACUCCCGUUUCGGUCGGCGCCAUGGCCGUCGAUACAUCGAGGAUGAGCCGGGGUUCGCCGCCGCGGUGCUCCCGGAGGCUGGGGCCCGCGGGCGGGCUUCCGGAGGCAAAUGAGAUGUCUCCCUUCUCGUUCCCGCGGCGGCGACGGGGUGCCAAACAGGAUUUUGCUAACGGUAGUUGGUAGCAAAGAGCGUGAGAGAAGGCCUAGAUCCGAUACCAAAUGGAAUGGCCUAUGAUGGAAGAGAGAAGGAAGGCACAGUAAUCCAUGGGAAGGUAGUCAACGGACCCAACCCUGAUAUUGAUCAUGAUCAAAGAACUGUGUUGGAACUCCUGUAUUGCGUGAUAUUGACCAUCAUCAAGUUUUCCUGGAGGAUCAUGCACUUUGCGAGCACUCUUCUUUCAAUAGAGCAGUGACUUCCACAAGAGUUGUCACUGCUAAUCAGAACUUCAGAAGAAUAUUUUGGAUGAGGCGGGGAGGCCCUGUAGCUGAAACUAGUUAGCAUCUUGUAUUUCAUCAGAUUAUCUGAAGAAAGCUUCAAAUGAAUAGAUCUGUUUGCAAAGAGUGCCCCAGGUCUGAUACAAUCGAAGGAUCUCCGGAGAGUCCUUGGAACCAGUCCCACAGGAGUAUCAUUCGCUCCAGAAGCAGAAGUCCAGAGAGGAGAUGGAGAGACUGGGUAUCUGAAGAACCUGUUCUACCCUUUCGUCAUUUUGCAGCUGAUAGAUGGGGAAGAGCAGUACCCAUACCACAAAGAGAUUACCACUUUACUUUGCAAGGCAAUGAUAUUGGGGAAGGAAUAUUGUACAGGGGUGCAAGCUGGCCAUAUUCUCAUGGUGUGCAUAGCCAUGAGAUCAGAGAAAGCUCCCGUGCUAGAGGCCAUCUGGAUUCAUCCAAUGAUAGAAGGCUGAAGCAACGAAAGGCAGUUCCCUGUAAAUUCUAUGUACAAGGUCAAUGUCACCAUGGUUUAAAUUGCAGAUAUCUCCAUGACAGUGCUCUGGAAACUGAAAUGGGACUUUGUGUACCUGUUGCUGCUCCUGUGCAUACAAGUGCUCAUAACUGGUAUCCUCAUCACAGUGCUCCCCAGAAUCAGAUGGAACUAAGCACACCUGUUGCUGUGAGUGCAAGUGCUCAUGUUUUGUCCGGAUAUGGCAGGGGUCACUUAAAUUCUCAGGGUAUAUUUAAAACCAUUGCAAAGGACGAGCACAAUGGUUUGCAGUUAAAUUAUGCUCAAAGAAGUCAAAAUUAUGUGUUUCCUUCAGAAGAUAUUGUUUCACAACAGCCGCAGUUAUUAAUUCCUGGCCGAUCAAGUGAAAAUGGCAUCUACAUUGACAAGGGUCAGAAUUCACAUGAGACGAAUGGUAUUGUGGGUGUAAAAAAUGGGAUGCAAGCUGCUCAUCUUGCUACCCAGAAAAAAUUAAUUAACCAAGAGCAACAGAUUGCUUGGAAAAACUCAGGCCAAAUAGAACAGAGCCAAGAAGCAGUUCAUCCAAUUCAUGAAGUACCAAGUCAUCUACUCACCACCCACUUACCGAAUGCCACAGCCUCAUGGCCAUGGAACAGCCGAAUGCAUCAAAGUAACUUUUUGGUGCAUCCAAAGAGGCCAGGUGAGUUUGUUGUUCCUCAGGCAGGUGUUAAUGUUCCAGCUCUUAGUCUGCAGGGCCAGUCAUUUUCGCAAGAGGCAUAUGCAAUUCCAGUUCCAGAUGCUUCUUCAGACAAUGGGCAUAGUUUCAACGUAAACGGUCAAAUUCCACAGAAUCUUGGGGCAGCUGUGCAUGCUGGGGGGAGUAAGGAAAUUUCUGGCAUACCCAAGAAUGACCAAGAUUCUGAUGCUCAAAGCAUGCAGAACACAAAGAAUUUUCAGCCUGUAGGUGUAAAUAUGCAAUCUCAGCGUCAAAACUUGCAAAAGGUAUCUGAUGUGCCAUACUCCAGAUCUGUUGGUAGAGUUGGAGGUUCGAUCUAUCAUAAUACAGCAGUAAGCGAAGAAGCCCAUAUUAUUAAUCCAGAUUUGGCACCAUCCACUGGAAAGGCUCUUCUCACUCCUAGUCCUAUUGGAAAGCGAUUUUCCCAGCGCAAUCGGGAUCCAAGGUUGGUGUCCAAAUCAUCUUCUGCACCUCCAUCUGUUCCACCAAUUCAGCAAGAAGCGGCAGCAAUCUCUGUCCCAUCUGCUGCACCUCCAUCUGUUCCACCCGUGCAGCAAGAAGCAGCAAUCUCUGUACCAUCUGGGAAAAUCCAUACGAGUAAUAUAACAACUAGGGAUGAUACUACCCACCCUGUAGUCUCCCUUUCAGUUGAAGUAACUGAGCAUGCUGCAGCACGGAGCAAUUUUAAAAUUGCAUUAACCAAUUUUGUGAGGCAACAAAUUAGGAAAACAUGGCACAGUGGUCACUUGACAAAAGAAGAUUAUAAAUCCAUUGUGCGGAAUGUUGUUAAGAAAGUUAUUGACAAAGAAAAAACCAUUCCCGACACAAGUGAGAAAGUUGAUGAGUACUUGCGCGACUUCAGGGGAAGUAUCGACAGAUUUAUAAAGGACGAUUUUGACCACCGCAAUCUCACAUUUAUUGAGUGACAUGGUUCUUCCUGGGUCGAAAAGAUUGAAGCGCCUUAUGUACCAUUGUACCCUGGGAGUGAAGAUAGGACCCUCGUAACUUUUGGCGCUUGAGUUAGAUCCGAACAAGACUUUUUAUUCUCCGUGUGUCACAGAGAUUGACUGUGCUUGACUGCAUGUUUAUUGAGUUUGCCAGACAGCUGAUGUAAUGCCGCCGUUAGCAGGCCCAGGCAUGUUAUGUUAAACUUGGUGUAUCUUUCGUAGACUACUAGAAACAAACGCGCGGCUUUGCCGCGCUCACCGUGGAGCUGGCCAGUUCAAGCUUGUGAACUGUGAUCCAUUUCCAAAUGGAUUACCAGCCCAAUAUACUAUUAUUUGUUUUUAAUAAGCAGAUUCACCAUUGUUGAUAA